AUGACUGACCCAAAAAAAGGGUCUGGGUCACAAUCUCUAGCGUUACCAAAAUCUUCCGAGCAUACACCCCUGAUGACUGUUGCAACAGUUAAUCCCUCUAAAUCGACAAAUCAACUCUCAGACAAUGAUUAUUUAGACGAAACUAUGCAUUCAGCAAAUAAACUUUCAACUAGUCGUAACAAGCUUAGAAAAAGUUUGCAUAGAAUUCCAUUUUUUCUUAGAAGUGGAAGAUACUUGUUAUAUUUUGGGUUAUUAGGAAUUUUAUUUGUAUUUACAUCAGUAAUAAUAAUAAUAAAUUUUUUAAGCGAUGAACUAGUUUUUGAAAAAAGAACCUUUGAACCACAACCUUAUUUGGGUCUACGUCAAAAUGUAAAUCCACAAAUUCCAAAAGGCACAUCAAUUUUUCAUGUUAGUAAAGAAUUUGGUUUUGCUACGAUGGGUGGAUUGGGUCAUGUUGUGACAGCCUUGGCACAAGGACAAGCGAUGAAUAACCGGUUGAAUAUCAAUGUUAUAAUGCCUUUCUAUAGUUAUUUAAAUGAUUUGUACAAGACUGAACGUUAUGCUUAUUUAACAAUUAAGAUCCAAGAUAGUUAUGGUGAGUGGCAAACAGUCGGAUUCACGACUCGAAGGUUACUCUGGAAUACAACUGAAAACCCUGAUGUCUUUAGCGAUAAACCACAACAAUCAAAAGGAAUUUAUGUUUACCUAAUUGGACCUACCUCAAAAGUUGGUCCUCUUGGUCUUAAUUUGGCUUUUCAAGCAUCUAGUGCAUUUGAAAUAUAUUCAACACCAAAAGAAUUAUCUCAAGAAUCGAUGAAUUUGUAUUUUUGUAAGGCUGCCGCUGAACUUAUAACAUACUUAGAUAAAUAUUCGGAAACUCCCCUUUUCGCCAAACGUGAUGAUAGAGGAGUAGAUGUUGUACAUCUCCAUGGUGCAACGAAUGCGUUGGUGAUAGAUUUUCUCAAGGAAUUAUAUGAAGAGGAUCGGUAUAGUAAACCUUCUCCUCCAAUUGUUUAUACUAUACACGAUUAUAUAGAAGAACAAUUAUAUUCGAACUUAGUUGUCAACUUUAAAAAAUUUAAGAAUGAAAGCACCUAUACUGAUGAUUAUUCCAAAUAUAUUUAUGGUCGCCGAUUUUAUCCGUCAGCUUUUGCAAUUGAUAGUGCUCAAAUGAUAACCUUCGUUUCAGAAAAAAUGGCAAAAGAAAUGGUAGAAGGAUCUUUAAAUUUUUAUGCUAAAGAAUUGAUUAUGCCAAGUAUCCUUGACCGUGCAUCCAAAGGACAUUGGAUUGGAAUCACUAACGGUGUGGAUUUUACUCAAUUUAACCCAUUUGAUGAUCUGUUACUCUUUGAAACUAAUUCGAAUUUCCCAAAGAAUUUAAAAACUUUUGAUUAUGAGCGUUUUAUCGAGGAACAAAUCGACACUUCAUCGCAAGAGCUUGUUAUCGAUGCGAAAUAUAAAGCUAGAAAUCAUCUAAUAAACGAAGGAUUUUUAGAAGCUGAAGAUUUAAAUAGGACUAUAAUCUUGUAUAUCGGUCGAUUUCAAUAUAAUAAAGGGGCAGAAUUCUUUACCCCAGCUGCCGAGAUUUUGGCUGGACUCGAUGCUAAGUUUAUUGUUAUGGGUCAGGAAAAUAAUUAUCCUAUAAAAUAUUUAAAAAAACUUCAAUCAAAGUACCCACAAAAUUUUAAUUUAAUUAGCGAUUUGGAAUUUCAGGAUAAUUGGGGUAUCUUAUAUCGUGCUACUGCAGAUGUACAAUUUGUACCUAGUCUUACCGAAAGUUUCGGUUUAGUUGCAGCAGAAGGAUUAUUGUUUGGUGCUCCAGUUGUUAGUACGGGUGUAGGAGGGCUAAAAGAGUUCUUAAUUGAUAAGAGUAAAAGUACUAUAACAGAUAGAUAUAAUUCUUAUUUAUUCGAAUUAGUUGAUGGUUUAUAUAAUGAUAAUUCAGUUGAAGGGAUGAAGAAAGCUUUAACCGAUGUCGUAAACGAUUAUCGGCGACUAAAAGAUAAUUUGCAUGAAAAAGAAAUAUUUAUAAGAGAUUUGAUCAAAGAUGCAUUGGAAUUAAGUUGGGACCGACCGGAGGGACCUAUUGAACAAUAUUCUAAA